GCAAACAAACUCCACCCUCAGAAAACGCAAACGACACAGAUUCUCGGCACAAGCCAACGACAAAGCUUCCAAUUCUAAAAUCACAAAAAAAAAAAGGAAAAAAAAAAAACAUCGUCAGGGUGAAACAUUUUUGGUUGGCUAUUUAAAGAGUGAGUGUAAAGAAAUGGUGAAGCCUGGUGGCGUGGAAAAAGCUACGGAGGAGCGAACCAAUACGUCGUACAGGGGAGUACGGAAGAGGAAGUGGGGAAAAUACGUGUCGGAAAUUAGGCUUCCCAACAGCCGUCAAAGGAUUUGGUUGGGUUCCUACGACAGCGCCGAGAAGGCGGCGCGCGCUUUCGACGCGGCCAUGUUCUGCUUACGUGGCAGCGGCGCCAAAUUUAACUUCCCGAAUGACCCGCCCAACAUCGCCGGGGGGAGGACCAUGACCCGCCCUCAGAUUCAGAUAGCCGCGGCUCGUUUCGCCAAUUCGGAGCCCCAGAAAGAGUGUUCGGGUCAGCAACACGUGGAGUCUUUAGCUUCGGACGAGGAAACGGCGUCGUUCAGGUUGGAGUCGUCGUCGUCUCCUCCUCUCUCCGACGUGUCGGUUCAGAACGACCCCAUAUUCCAAAACGGGUCAUUUCCCGAUCCGUUUUCGGAUCUCGGGUCGAGCAGUUUCGCCCCCGAGUUCUCCGAUUUUCCGUGUUAUGACGAUUUCAGCCGCGAUUUCUUCAUGCCGGGGCUUCCGAGUUUCGAUGACGGAGAAGAGAACGUGGACGGGAUGAUAGUUCAGGGCCCGUUGUGGAACUUCUAAGAGGGUCAGGGUUUGGAUAAUUUUAUUAUAUCCAAUUCCGGGACCAGAAUCGGGUUUGGGUUGGUCAAUUUUUGUUAGGCCAAGCCCUAUGUGUUGGUAGUUACUCAUGAAAAUGAUUUCUUUAAUUAUUUACCAAGUAGUCAAGGGUUCGAAUUUUAGAGAUGGGAACAUAAUUCAGUUAGUUGUCACGAAUUAAUUGUAAAGUUGUCUGCUCAUAAUGUAACUUCUGGGACAUUUAUUGAAUUUUUAAGGAUAA